CAUGUUUUUCGUACCAAAACUAACCUUUUUUGUUUAUAUAGCUCUAAAACUAUCAGCGGUGUACUCUUCGAUCCAUUUUGACGAGGUGGAAUUUUACGACCCGAAUAAAACUUUGGACGAGUCUACUUCCAAUGGAUUUAUCUGUGCACACUUGGGCGAGGAGUGUCAGAUCUCAGCGCAGUGCUGCGGAGUGGCGACUUGUGCUCUUCCAUCCUGGUCUGAGAAAGCAGUGUGCCUUGUGCCGGGCUACAAACAUGACGAGAGAUUCAGAAAUAGAUUCUUCGCUCUACACCAUCUUCAACCAGCAGACAUACAGUACAUACGAGACUCUUACAACACUUCACAGUACGACUUCCUAUUGACAGACCUCACUUUUUCCGCUCCACCUCUUGAAGUUGCCAACACAUCGUUGGGAUUGGCUGCAAACCUCACAGUGGAAGAUGUGUCAGCCGAGGAUUUUGGUGAUGGUGGAAGAAAUCACUCAGUAGAACCGGUCCCAAAAUUUUCCAAAACUGAAGAGUUAUAUAACAACUCGUACAUAUUUAUGGUACAUAAAGAACAUCUGGAUGAGCCAGCACAGCUCAGCAGUUGGAAGAAGGUUGUAAACUUCUUUCAUAGGGAGAAAGGACAGCCAGUUACACUUGAUGUGAAUGUUCAAGAUAUUCCAGGGAAUUCCUCCAGUUCUAGAAACAGUCCAUCUGAAUUUGAAUCCGUAAACAACCAAAAUAUUGUUAAUUCAUCAAAAAUCAUCCGGCUUCCUGAGAAUCUUAUGCCACAAGUCCUUGAUCAAAGACAAACUAAUGAAACAGAAUGGUUCAUGGAGGAUUUUGACGAUUAUGAAGAUAAAAUAGGAGAACAUAAAUCAUCUGAUGGCUCAUUUCUUUUCUUCUUCAAAUAG